GGCCGCCAUGGCGCGUGCUCUAGCCGUGGCAGCGCUGCUGUGCGCCCUGGCGGCGGGCGGCCGCGCGGCCGUGCCCCAGACCAGCUGCGCACUCGCGCCCGAGCGCGGCGCCUGCGACCGCUUCGCCGUGCACUGGUACUACGACAUCGAAUAUGGCGGCUGUCUGCGCUUCUGGUACGGCGGCUGCGGCGGCAACGGCAAUCGGUUCGCGAGCGAGGCGGCGUGCGCAGCGCAGUGCGUGUCGCCCGGCGGCGACGCGCUCUGCCACCUGCCGGCGGUGCGCGGCGCCUGCAAGCGCGCGAAGCCGCGCUGGUACAGCGACCCCGAGGGCGGAGCCUGCCGCGAGUUCACAUACAGCGGCUGCCUGGGCAACGACAACCGGUUCGAGAGCGAGGCGGCGUGCAAGGCGCGGUGCGGCACGGUGCUCGCCGGCGGCCGGCCGCCCAAGACGCAUCCGCCUCCGACCGGCCGGGCCGUCUGCCGGCUGCCCGACCGGGUCGAAGGCGCCUGUACAGACCGGCCCAACAACUACGUGAUCCGCUACUCGUACGUGGCGGCACGCCUCCAGUGCGCUCCUUUCUACUUCAGCGGCUGCGGCGGCAACGCCAACAGUUUCGGCACAGCGGCGGAGUGCGAGAGCGCGUGCCAGGAGCCGCCGCCCAUCUACGGCGGUCGCCAAGACCGCACCUACGAUGGGACGGAGGUGCUGCGCAGUCGGCAGGGGGCGCGGCCGCCAGUCUACGCCCCGACCACGGACGCUCCCCACAGGUCGCCGGCGGGCGCCGGGGCCAGCCGGACGCGGGCGCCGCACGUGCAUGACCAAACGCACGUGCGGCCACACCUGCGCCCGACGACGCGGGCGCCUCAAGUUCGCGGACGAGGAUUUGGGCCGACUGCCGCACCCGAGGUGGACUGCCAGCUGCCGAAAGACGAAGGUGAAUGCCGAGCCUACUUCAGGCGCUACUUCUUCAACACGGAGACCCAGCAAUGUGAGCUGUUCGGCUACGGCGGCUGCGACGGCAACACCAACAACUUCCGCACGCGUAAGGAGUGCGAGCAGCACUGCAUGCCUGCGGGCGCUUCCCCCAGCCUACCGGACGAGGCCCCGCCCAUUUCCACGCAGGUGCCGGACGAACGCAGACCGCUGUACCAGCCGACAGCAGCACCCGAGGUGGACCCGUGCCAGCUGCCGAAAGACAAAGGUGAAUGCCAUGCCUACCUCAGGAGCUACUUCUUCAACACGGAGACCCAGCAAUGCGAGCUGUUCAUCUACGGCGGCUGCGACGGCAACGCCAACAACUUCGACUCGCGUGAGGAGUGCGAGCAGCGCUGCAUGCCUGCGGGCGCUUCCCCCAGCCUGCCGGACGAGGCCCCGCCCAGCCCCACGCAGGCGCCGAAAAAACGCCGAGGGCCGCACCCGACUGCAGCACCCGGGGUGGACCCGUGCCAGCUGCAGCCAGAUGCAGGUAAAUGCAGGGCCUACCUUCUGCACUACUUCUUCAACACCGAGACCCAGCGAUGCGAGCAGUUCGGCUACGGCGGCUGCGGCGGCAACGCCAAUGCGUUCCACACGAUCGAGGAGUGCCGGCAGCGCUGCAUGCCAACGCUCGCAGCCGAGGACGCCGUGGCCGCGGCGGCCGGCGGCGACGGUGGCCGCCAGCCGGGCGCGGCGCCGAUCACCGAGGCAUACGCCGAGCCGGAGACGGAGGCCGACACCGAACCGGCGCCGGAGCCGCCGCUGACUGAAGCGCCCACCGACGCCACGUCCGUCCUCGACUACACGUACGACGAUUCACAGUACGACUAUGACGACUACCCCUACGCGGACUCCGAGUACUACUAGCGGCCGGAGGGGCAGCGCGCGGCAGCCGGCCCCCUCACCGGGGCGGCCCCGCCGGCGUUGCUGCCGUGAGCGACGGCUCGGCUUCUGUUGUAGCAGCCCCACGGACAAGGGCGAAACAUGCUUCUUCUGCCUGGGAGCGAGGGAUGUGCUCCAUGCAGGUGCUGAUGAUACGCAGCCUUACACAACGCAACACACUGCCAAGAAGAUGAAGGUGCAAACUGCUUCCCGUACCGCGUUGGUGUUUUGAGCGUGUUUCGAGGUUGUCGCAGGUGCAGUGUUGGGAUUAUGCUUGACGGAAUCGACGUAAAUACAUGAUAAUAAUCGGU